CAUUUCCUAAGACUAUGUUUAUUAUUUUCCAUACAUACCUAAUCAAUAAUCGUUGUGUGUUUUUCAAAUGAUAAAUUGCAAAACAUAAAAAUGAGGGUGUUUUUAGCAGAAGAUAAUCUUUGUGCGCAAAAUUUAUUAAAGAUAGUUUCUCAUGGAAAUGCUAUAUUAGCUGAAAUAUUAAGACUGAAAGAUCACAUUCCCUACAUGUAUUUAUUUGAGAAUAAGGAGAUACAACAGCGAUAUCAGGAUGUAAUCAUGGACUUUAGCUACUUUAAAAUAUCAGACAUUCAGGAAAAGAAAAUUUCUUCUAAUCUGAAACUACAAGAUUUGGAUGAUGACUUAAAAGAAAAAUAUCUGGAGCUGAUAACACGUUUCUAUUUACUUUUUGAAAAUAUUUAUCAAUUUAUUGUUGAUUUAAAUUCAUUUGUUGAGCAAUUGCAUGAUGGUGCUUUCAUUCAACAAACUAUGGAUACUGUCCUAAGAGAUAUAGAAGGAAAACAAUUGCUUUGUGAAUCUCUGUACUUAUAUGGUGCAAUGCUACUAUUAUGUGACUUAUAUAUCCCGGGUGCAGCUAGGGAGAGACUAUUGGUUGCAUUUUACCGAUACAGCACAAAUCAGUCUCAAUCCAACGUUGAUGAUGUCUGUAAGUUACUAAGGGACACUGGUUAUGACCAAGUGCAUGGAAAACGACCAUCUGAUUAUCCUGUUGAAUAUUUCAGUCGUGUGCCUGUCCACCCUGACUUUAUUGAGAAAGUAGUUGGCAAAUUGCGAUCAGAAGACAUUUAUAAUCAGUUGUCAGUCUACACUAUACCUGAACAUCAAGCUUCUGCUUUGGCUGCACAAGCUAGCAUGUUAGUGGUGUGUCUAUUUUUUGCACCACAUUAUUUGCAUGGUGAUAUGACUAAGAUGCGGGAAAUUGUAGAUAAAUUUUUUCCUUGCAAUUGGGUUAUACCCAUAUACAUGGGAGUAACUCUGAGUGUGUUUGAUUACUGGGAAAAUUUUAAAGCUGCCAAAACGUGUAUGAAUAAUACAUGUAAUACUAAAAUGGUUAAAGAAAUAUUUUCGAAAAGAGGAAGUUCUGUAUCAUUAUUAAUUACUAAAAUUCAUCAGCUACUUAAGGAGGGAACAUUGACUGAUGACUUUGUACUAGAUAAUGUGAAUAAAAUACUCAAUGUAAUCUUGAAUGCAAACCAUGUAUUAAGAUGGCUUUUGUUACAUAACACUGAUGUGAUAUUUUUUGAUAACAAUAAAAAAAGUAAACAAAUGAAGGAUUUGGUUAUAAAAGAAUCUGUCUAUGAUCCUCUGCAAUUGUUAGAGUUACUAAUUAGUACUGCUGAGUUAGAGCUGAAAGUCAGAGAGUUUUUAAAAAAGUUGUUGGAUAGUAGAAGUGAAAGUUGGAAUACAAAUAAAAAUCUUGCACUCGAGUCUUUAAACAACUUAUCUGAAUUGUUCACUGGCAGUAAGUCAUUCACAAAAGUUGCUGAAAAUGAACAAUUGAAGGUCUGGUUUGCAAACAUUGCUAAGCAGGUAUUGUCACUCAGUGAACAAAUUACCCCAAAGUCAGUAAAAAAAGUUACAAGACUUAUACAAGUAUUAGAUGAUGUUGAAGAAUUUCAUGGCAUAAAGAGUACUUCUACAGUUGUCCAAUUACUGACUGAAACUAAAGAAGCUUUAAAAAAUGUCCUCAGAACAGCUUCAUUAAAAGAUGAUUCUUUGGUGACAUUAGAAACUGUUGCAGACUUCAGUUAUGCUUGGUGCACCAUUGAUCUGUAUACUAAUUACAUGCAAGGCCGUAUUAAAGAGAACCCAGCUGUCACGAGCAGAUUGAGAGCAUUAUUUCUUAAAUUAGCAAGUGCAAUGGAAAUUCCUCUUCUACGAAUAAACCAAGCAGAAAGUGAAGAUUUAGUUUCAGUCUCGCAAUAUUAUAGCAAUGAACUCAUUAAGUACAUUCAAAAGGUGUUACAAAUAAUUCCAGAGAUGGUAUUUAGUAUAGUUGAGAAAAUAAUUGAAUUACAAACAUGGUCUAUUAUAGAACUGCCAACACGUAUUGAUAAGGAGAAGUUAAGAGAUUAUGCACAACUCGAUCACAGAAUGGAAGUUGCUAGACUUACGCAUUCCGCAUCAACAUUUACGACAGGUAUUUUAGAUAUGAGAUCUACAUUAGUUGGUGUUAUAAGAGUUGACCCAGCAGAGCUUUUGGAAGAAGGCUUACUAAAAGAAUUAGACAAACAUGUAAGCAAAAAGUUUGUUGAAUUCCUUGAACCUCAAGUGAAAAAACCGAACAAUUUAAUUUCGAGACUGCAAAAAUUGGCUGAUAGCAUGGAGGGCUAUAAAAGAUCAUUGGAAUAUAUUCAAGAUUACAUAAAUAUUCAUGGAUUAAGGAUAUGGCAGAAACAGGUUUCAACUCUGAUUAAUGAAAACGUCGCUAAAGAAAUAAGUAUACGCAAGGGAGUAGCUUUGUAUGGACCAUCGGCAGGUUUUAUGGGAAGCCUUGCGAAACAAAUUUCCCAACUGACUGAUGCUAGAGUAAGCACGUACAUAAAUGUUUGUGCAGCUUGGUUUGACAUAAAAACCAAUUCUGAAGUAGUGAACACAAAAACAUUCUCCAAAUUGAAUGAAGCCAUAGGCGUGGUUGGUCUUCAUGGUCUGGAUACAUUGUACGGUCAUAUGAUCAAAAACCAGCUUCAGCAAAUACAACAUAUUCUUCGUACGAGUCAGGAGAAAACAACAUUGAUUAAUAAAAAUGUAGAUUUGAAAGAAAUAGAACAAGUAACUCUUAAAAAUUAUAAGACUUUUCAGCAGAUAGCAGAUAUUUUGCUAGCAGUGGGAAAUUUGCAGUUGUUAAGAAAACAUAUUGCGUACCAGUUAAAUACAACUUGUAAAUUUGAUUCCGCUCAUUUAGAGGCGUCUUUACGGACGAUGAAUGAAUGUUUAAUCAAUGAAUUGAAGAAAACUCAAAAUUUAGAAUCUAAUCCCAACUGCUUAGCGUUGAUGAGCGAGCUUGACCAAUAUUUAGUAAGGUGUGGACAAUUUAAACCUUUCGAAAAGAUUUACAUUAAAAAUCCACCAGAAUUUAAUAGUGUUUAUAUGGGCCACAUGAUAGCACUAGUUUUGAUUGCACAAUUGUCCAAACUGCAACUGUGUUUUACUUCAGGUGACUUAAUAACGAAGAAACCUGGUGAAAAUAUUGACGGAUAUCCAUUGAUCAUUGGCGCUUAUACAAUAUUGCGUCAAUCUAAAUCAGAACAUAUGGAUGAAUUUUUGGAUUAUUUGUGCAAAUAUGUAAAAGUGGUUACUCUUAACAGGAUAACAAUUUCGGAGAAUGGUUAUGAAGGGCCAUUAGUAACAAGACUUUUACAAGUAUUUUGUGAAACAUUUGGUUAUUCAUUCACAAAUUUGGAAGAUAAAUUGCCACUAGCAUUAUUAACUCAUUUACCCCAAAAGUAAUCAAAUAUGUAAUGUUUUCUGCAAAUCAUUUAUUUAUCAUGUAACUAUAAAGGACUUUUAUUGCAAUAUUUUAUUGAAUAAAACAUAUUUAUAUAAUCAAUAAA